AUGGCUGAUCCGGCCAUCAUUGAAAGCCAGAGUCAGAUAUACAACAAACAUAUCACCGAGAAAGAAAUGAAGGAGCCGCCAGUGAGUGAGGCGUCAUCCCCGCAAGACGUCGAGCUCGGGACGGGUUUCGAACCGGAGUUCAACAGCACCUGGUCCAAAAUCCGCAGAUGGAUCAAUCUCAUUGGCGCGGAAGAAUUCGGCGUCGAGCAGAUCCCAGAAGACAUGAGGACCGACCAGAAUCCACGAGACCUGUUUACUUUCUUCUUCAGUGCCAAUUGUGGAACAGCUUCCAUUGCUCUCGGAUAUCUGGGCCCUACGUUGUUCUACCUGGGAUGGUGGGACUCGUUCCUGUGCUGUCUCUUUUUUAACUUAAUUGGGGCGAUCCCUGCAGCUUGGCUGGCAACUUUUGGCCCUAAAAUGGGCUUGCGCACUAUGAUACUUCCCCGUUUCUGCUUUGGUUGGUGGCCAGCUAAGGUGCUUGUCCUACUCAACUGUCUGAACCAGAUCGGAUGGGCCAUGGUUAACUGCAUUGCUGGUGCUACCAUUCUAUAUGACGUCGGAGACGGGAAACUACCGAUGGCCAUAGCUGUCCUCAUCAUUGGCCUGGUAGCUGUGGUCUUUGGCCUCUUUGGCUAUCAUCUGGUCCACGUCUAUGAAAGGUACUCCUGGAUAGCAAUGAUCAUCUGUUUCUGUAUCCUUGCGGGGUUCGGAGCACCACACUUUGUGAAUGUGCCUAUGGGCAAAGGUGCCGCCGAAAUCUCAUCAGUUCUGUCAUUCGGAACUACCAUCAUUGGCUAUGAGUUUGCCUGGGCGCCGAUAGCCGCCGACUACGGGGUGUACAUGCGUCCGAACAUUCCGCCGUGGAAAUCUUUCCUAUAUGCCUUUGCAGGCCUCUUUAGCAGCCAAUUUCUCAUUGAGGCCCUCGGAGCCGCUAUUGGCACUUUGGUGUUUAGUGCCAACCCCGUUUUCAACGCUGCCUAUAACAGUGGUGGUCUGGGCGGCCUCAUCGGCCAAUGCUUCGCGGGACACAGCGCGAGCAUCACCGGCUUCGGCAAGUUCAUCGAGCUCAUCUUGUCCUUUUCGACAGUGGCAGUUAUCAUUACAAAUGUUUACUCCCUGGGCCUCGGCAUCCAAAUGAUCUCGCAAAAGUUGCUAGUCAUUCCCCGUAUUGUCUGGUCUCUGAUUGGUGCCGUUAUCUUCCUGGCGGCUGCUAUUGGUGGUCGCAAUGAUCUGGAGGCAGUCAUGUCUGAUUUUUGA